CAACUCUCAGUUCAUUGUUAGUUCCAGACGAACCAAGUAUCAUAGUGAUUCUGAAAUGCAUUUCUUUCUAGUAUUAUUAUUAUUUUCGGUUUCUGUUUUUGCAGAGACAAAAAGAUUAACCGUAGAAGAAGCUUUGGCGAUAGUUAAUCAACCACCGGCAGCCUUGCAGAAUUUGAUUGCUAGAAAAACGAAUAGCAUUCAUGAUCAAAUCCAGAACCAUUGGACCCGAAAUAGCACGAGAAUCGUUGGAGGAACUGAAGCAACAAUUGAAGAAAUUCCAUAUCAAGUGGCAUUACUGUACCGAACUCGACAGAUUUGUGGUGGUUCGAUAAUUUCUCACUCAUGGGUUCUCACAGCAGCUCAUUGUCUCUCUUGGUAUCCCUCGAACUCGGAUAUUACAAUUCGUUCUGGUAGUUCGUUUCACGGCAGCGGAGGAAUCGUUCAUCGAAUAUACUACUACAACAUCCAUGAGCUAUAUGAUUCGCAUGAAUUCCCUCACGAUGUGGCAACCAUUCGAGUGAGAGUUCCGUUUAUCGGAUCAUCACUAGCUGUCAUUCCGUUGGCCGACUCGGAAUGGAUCGAAGGAACGCCGGUGCUAGUCACAGGCUGGGGUCUGGAUAGUAAUGGCUAUACUCCGGCUAAACUGCAAAAGGUAGAAAUACCAGUUAUCAGUCGGAGUGAUUGCAGCAAACAGUGGGAAAAUAUGGUAACAGCCGAUAUGAUUUGUGCCGGUGCCAAAGACAUCAAUCCCUGUAACGGAGACAGUGGCGGACCAGCCGCUCAAUUGGGCGUACAGCACGGUAUUGUGUCCUGGGGAUCCCGCCUUUGCACCCUUGGAAUGCCGUCAGUCUAUACGAACAUAGCCCAUCCGUCCAUUAGGAACUUCAUCAAACGUACUGCCCGGGUGUGAUAUUGUUUUUAGGCUAUACGGAUAAUUUAUGUUGUGUUAUUGUGGUUCAUUAAUAGCAUUUAUGUCAAAUUAAUCUGUUUUGAUUUUGGAGUAAUUAUGGAGUCUUGUUAUGUUUAAGUAUUGAAAUUUGUGAAAAUAUUUGCAUUGAAUGACAGAAACACGGUUUUCAAUAUAUAAUGAAUCUAAAUAAUGAUUACAAAGUUCUGAUCGCAAAAAACUUGUUCCAAAUAAUUUUUCCAUGCUCUUCCAAUGUACGGUUUCAUAAAUUUAGUUAAUUUCCCUAAAGUACUUUUUUCAGUGAAAAUUGAUGAGGAUUUUUUAUGCUUAGUCGUUAACGAUCUUACUUUGUGAUCUAAUUAUUCUAGGUUUAAGUUUCAGUCACUAUAGGUUUUGUUAGAUUUCUCAUGUAGAAAGACUACUCAGGGUACUAUGAAAACCAGCUUUGCUAGCGGAACCCGGAGAAUCAAGUAGCAUAUAUCAUUCGAUUCAGUUCGUUGAGAUCAGCAGAUGUCUGUAUCUGAAUGGUUAUUGACGUGAGUACGUCUAAUUUUACUAUGGCGUGCCUUUUCAAAAUUAACUUUAUACAAGAAUGGGUAGAACUUGAUGUAUUCAACGCAGUAAUAUAUUCUUUUCUCCAUACCAUCGGAAAUAUGUUCACAAUUUAUGAUAUAAUUUUCAGUAGUAUGAGAUUACCACAAAUAACACAAAAUUGAAGUUUUCUAAAAUGUUUGGUAUGGACGAGCAUCGCGGUGAAAUUCAAUGCCAAACUAAUAUGCGCAAAAUUUCCACCGCUUGAAUUGAACGAAACGUCGCACAAAGUGUAUAGCGCAAAACCAACACAUAGAAAUACGGAAUAUUUUCAGUGAUUGAGUGCAGUAGGCUUACGACACGUUUUGUUCGCUAGUAAAACAGGCAUCAAUUAUGUGUGGUUCUAAGCCUUGAAUAUUUUUAAUUGGCUAAUAUGAGGGUUAAUAAUAUGUUGUUUAAAACGAUCAA